AUGACAAAGUAUUUGGAACGGAUUGAAGAAAUGAAGAGAAAUUACAGAUAUAAAAAGGAUGAACUUUUCAAGAGGAUCAAGGUUACCACAUUCGCUCAGCUAGUAGUUCAAGUGGCAUCUGUGUCAGAAGAGAGCGAUGCUGAAAUUACCAGUGAGGAGCUGCGGAGGCUGGAAGAUAACAGUUCAGUCAUGUCAGAGGCAGAUACAGAGCUAGCAACAGACCGGACCAAUGGCAAACACAGCCCUGGCAGUGUUCCUUUAAGCCCUGUCGAGCUGAUUGAUAAUAUAGGAAGUUUGGAAUCCUUGAGCUCUGCGCGCUCCACUCUGCAGAGUGUUAUUAGUGGAGUAGGAGAAUUGGACCUGGAUAGUGAUCCAAAGAAAAAAAUCGAAACAAGCACCCUCUCCAAGCACAGGGUCUCUUGACAAACCAUACCCAGAUUCCCCAUACCUUCUUCUGGAUGUACGUGACAGAGAUUGCUACGAUCAGUGCCAUGUUAUUGGAGCUUAUCACUAUCCCACCGCCAUGCUGUCCAGGACAAUGAAUCCCUUCACACAAGAAAUCUUGAAUUUUAAAAAUGCACAAGGCAAAAUCAUUAUUAUUUAUGAUGAAGAUGAGAGGAUAGCCAGUCAAGCAGCUACAACAAUGUGUGAAAGAGGAUUUGAGAAUCUAUUUAUGCUUUCUGGAGGUCUGAAAGUUAUAGCACAAAAGUUCCCAGAUGGCCUCACAACGGGCACAUUUCCAGUCACCUGCUUAACUCAGCCAGUGCAACCUAAGUCUGCACGCAAGCAUUCCACACCAAGGGAACCUGUCUUACCACCUGAGAACAAAUUGAGAUUUUCCGGCCAAGACCUGGAAAAAAUAGAACAACAUCUGGAGAAAAUGCUCAUGCCAGCCGACACUGCCAGUCGUCUCAGCCGUUUAUCCACUGGUAGAUCGGAGUCAAAAAGUUCCUACUCCAGAAACAGCCACAUUCCAUCUUCUGCCAGCUCUGUCAGUUCCCGAUCAAUCCGAAGCAUCAGUCCACAUGGCAAACCCUGGAAAUGA